AUGGCGUCUAUGGAUAUACACCUAGAUGAUUCAACCACGAAAGAUCCAAAAUGCAAUGGCUCUGACGCUGAUGAUGAUGUUGUAGACCCUGAUGAAAUUUCCCCUGUAGAACAAGUUCGAUUGACGGUCCCAACCCAUGAUGAUCCUUCCAUCCCAGUGUGGACUUUUCGAAUGUGGUUUCUUGGGAUAUUAUCAUGUGGGCUUCUGGCUUUUCUCAACACAUUCUUCGGUUACAGAACUGAACCACUUAUCAUAACUAUGAUUUCUGCACAAGUUGCCACAUUGCCUGUAGGAAAAUUUAUGGCCAAAGUCCUACCAGAAAAGAAAUUUAAGAUACCGGGUUUUGGUUCCAGGGAAUUUUCGUUGAAUCCAGGGCCAUUUAAUAUUAAAGAGCACGCAUUAAUCUCCAUAUUUGCUAAUACUGGCAGUGGAUUUGGGAGUGGAGCUGCUUAUGCUAUUAGUAUUGUGGAUAUUGUCAAGGUUUUUUAUCACAGAAAAAUUUCUUUCUUGGCUAGUUGGAUUCUUGUUGUCACAACCCAGGUCUUGGGAUAUGGUUGGGCUGGGAUUAUUAGAAAGUAUGUUGUGGAAGCUGCAGAGAUGUGGUGGCCAGCGAGUCUUGUUCAAGUUUCUCUUCUCAGGGCUCUCCAUGAGAAAGAUAGUAGGCGCAUGUCAAGGGGGAAAUUCUUUCUAAUUGCAGUAACCUGCAGCUUCUCUUGGUACACAUUCCCUGGCCUACUAUUUCCAACCUUGUCGAGCCUUUCGGUGCUCUGCUUGGUGUUUCCCAGCUCAAUAACUGCUCAACAAAUUGGUUCUGGGCUAAAAGGUCUGGGUAUAGGAGCCUUCACUUUCGAUUGGUCUGUCAUAGCUUCGUUCCUGGGAAGUCCUCUUGUCUCUCCAUUCUUUGCAACUGUCAAUAUUUUGGUGGGCUAUGUAGCAGCAAUCUAUGUCUUGAUUCCUAUAGCUUACUGGGGUCUCAACUUGUACAAUGCGAACAAAUAUCCGUUCUUCUCUCCGCAUUUGUUUGAUAGCCAGGGGCAGCCAUAUAAAGUAUCGGCUAUUGUGAAUGACAACUUUGAGCUAGACUUGCCAACAUAUGAGAAGCAGGGACGAAUACAUAUCACCAUGUUUUUUGCUAUUGCUUACGCCCUUAAUUUCGCUACUGUGAUUGCCACAAUCGUUCACGUGGCUUGUUUUAAUGGAAAAGAUAUUUAUCGUCGCUUCAUGGCUUCAAACAAAGGAAAACCAGACAUUCACACAAAACUCAUGAGGAAAUACGAGGAUGUUCCUUCCUGGUGGUUUGGCCUCCUGCUUUCAUUCUCAUUGGUUCUCUCACUCUUGCUUUGCAUAUUCUUGAACGAUCAGGUUCAAUUGCCCUGGUGGGGACUCCUUUUUGCUGCUGGAAUUGCUCUACUCUUUACCCUCCCAAUAAGCACCAUAACAGCCACCACAAAUCAGACACCUGGGCUAAACGUCAUUACAGAAUAUGUUUUCGGUAUAAUACAUCCCGGCAGGCCUGUGGCCAAUGUUUGCUUUAAAACUUAUGGAUACAUAAGCAUGAGUCAAGCUGUUGCCUUUCUGAAUGAUUUUAAGCUAGGCCACUACAUGAAGAUUCCUCCAAGGUCCAUGUUCAUCGUUCAGUUCCUUGGAACGAUCAUUGCGGGGACAAUCAACAUUUCUACAGCUUGGUACAUGUUAACAAGCAUCGAGAACAUAUGCCAUCCAGAACUACUUCCACCUGAUAGUCCUUGGACCUGUCCUGGUGACAAUACCUUUUAUAGUGCAUCAGUAAUAUGGGGCUUAAUUGGACCAAUGCGAAUCUUCGGGCGACUUGGCGAUUAUUCUGCCCUUAAUUGGGGUUUCAUUAUAGGUGGUCUAGCUCCCAUUUUGGUAUGGUUGACACACAAAACAUUCCCUAGCCAGGACUGGAUCAAGCUUGUAAACUUCCCAGUACUUUUUGGAGCUACAAGUUUGAUGUUUCCGGCUACCUCUGUGAACUACAAUGGCUGGUUUGUUGUCGGAAUUGUAUUCAAUUACUUCGUUUAUCGGUAUAAAAAGAAAUGGUGGCAGAGGUACAACUACAUUCUAUCAGCUGGACUGGAUGCUGGCUUGGCUUUCAUGGGGGUGCUGUUGUAUUUCUGCCUCCAAUAUGAGAACAAAACCAUUUCCUGGUGGGGAAGCGAAGGAGACCAUUGCAAUUUGGCUAGUUGUCCAACAGCCAUGGGCAUUGAAGUUGAUGGAUGUCCAUUGCAACAUUAG